UAUUACCAUUGUGUGUGGAACUGUGUUCUUAGCCGUAGUUUUGUCUGUUUGUGAGGUGAGGCGCAGACGAAGAUGGAAGUUGUGUGUGGAAGUGGGGUUUGCGUCUCAUCUCUUCCGCGCUCAUCAACGAUUACCAGAAGCACUGUUCCUCAAUUCCGAGUCAGUUACCAAUACCUAACACCGUUUCCUUCACAAUCCCAUCUAUUCUCCUAUCACCCUCCGCCCUAUGCUAAAACCCUCCGCGCCAGAACCACCACCAAACCCGCUAUUUUCCUUCCCCACUUAGUUGCAUCUCUGCAGCAAGUUGACCAGACUUACAUAAUGGUGAAGCCCGACGGCGUGCAACGUGGCCUCGUCGGAGAAAUUAUUUCUAGGUUUGAGAAGAAGGGGUUUAAGUUGACUGGCUUGAAGCUCUUCCAGUGCUCUAAAGAGUUAGCUGAGGAGCAUUACAAGGACCUAAACCAAAAGUCAUUCUUCCCCAAGCUCAUUGACUAUAUUACUUCUGGUCCUGUUGUUUGUAUGGCUUGGGAGGGUGUUGGAGUAGUGGCAUCCGCACGUAAGCUUAUAGGGGCUACUGAUCCUCUUCAAGCUGAACCAGGAACAAUAAGAGGAGACCUUGCUGUUCAAACAGGAAGGAAUGUAAUUCAUGGCAGUGACAGUCCCGAAAAUGGCAAGCGUGAAAUAGCUCUAUGGUUCAAGGAAGGCGAAUUAUGCGAUUGGACCCCCGUUCAAGCACCGUGGCUGAGAGAAUAAUGAAUCACAGAUUUCCAGUUCCAAUAUUCAUGCCAUUUCUAGUUUCAAUAAUGUAUCAAUUGUUUUCGGCCUCAAAUGUAGAACUACAUUAAUUUUCUUGUUUGAACAGUUGCUUAAAUUUUGUUA